UAAUAAUUGAUUGUUUAGUGGGUGUUUUGUUUCAUUUGCAGGUAGAGACAACCCACCAGUUGUUGCGGCUCUUUGAAGAGAAAACGCAGAGAGAGAGAGAGAGACAUUUGCAGAUGCGAUCUCAUUUUAAUUACUGUUGCUUCACUUUUUACUAGUAUUACUUCAGUUUCAUUCAUUCAACUAAUUCCACGUUUUAUUUUCAGAUCAGGACUAGGAAUUCUUUGCGGGGUUUCUUAAUUUCAGUUAUUGUGAAGAGCCUCGAUGGGUUCCAGAUACCCAUCUCAUAAGCUCAGCAGUGGCCUUUAUGUAUCAGGUCGGCCUGAGCAGCCUAAGGAAAAGACUCCAACAAUGAGCUCAGUGGCGAUGCCCUAUACUGGUGGUGAUAUUAAGAAGUCUGGAGAACUGGGUAAAAUGUUUGAUAUCCCUAUGGAUGGUUCUAAAUCUAGGAAAUCAGGGCCUAUUACUGGUGCUCCUUCAAGGACUGGAUCCUUUGGUGGGGCUGCUACACAUUCUGGGUCAAUUCCUAAUGCUGCUGCUCGGUCUGGCUAUAAUGUCUCUGGUCCUAUAUCUGGGGGCAUGUCUGGUUCAACUUCAAUGAAGAAGACGAACUCUGGACCAUUGAAUAAGCAUGGGGAACCUUUAAAGAAGUCAUCUGGUCCUCAAUCUGGUGGAGUUACACGGCAGAACUCUGGCCCUAUUCCACCAAAUCUCCCUGCUACAGGUCUCAUUACAUCUGGACCCAUUUCUUCAGGCCCUCUUAAUUCGUCCGGGGCCCCUCGGAAAUUAUCUGGUUCUUUAGAUCAUGGAGGAUCAUUCAAAACGCACAGUUCCUCCAUUGCAAAUAAUCUGGUUGUUACCACAAUUAGUCAAGAUGAUGACUUUUCCUUCAGGAAGAACUUUCCAAAGCCAGUAUUAUGGUUGGUGAUUCUGAUAUUUCUGAUGGGGUUCAUUGCUGGUGGUUUUAUUCUUGGAGCAGUUCGCAAUCCCAUUCUCCUUAUUGUUAUAGUGGUUCUUUUCAGUGCUGUUGCAUCUAUAUUUGUUUGGAAUUCAUGUUGGGGGAGAAGAGCUAUCACCGAUUUCAUUGCUCAUUAUCCUGAUGCUGAUCUCAGAACUGCCAAGAAUGGGCAAUUGGUGAAGGUUACUGGGGUGGUUACCUGUGGCAAUGUGCCCCUUGAAUCAUCAUUCCGAAGAGUUCCUAGAUGUGUCUACACAUCUACAAGUCUACACGAGUAUCGAGCAUGGGGUUCAAAACCAGCCAAUCCUAAACACCGUCAUUUUACAUGGGGAUUGAGGUCAUUAGAUAGGCACGUGGUGGACUUCUACAUCUCUGAUUUCCAGUCUGGGUUGAGAGCACUGGUUAAGACUGGAAACGGUGCAAGGGUAGCUCCAUUUGUUGAUGACUCUGUUGUUAUUGAUAUUAAACCAGAAAACAAAGACAUGUCACCAGAGUUUGUCAGGUGGUUGGGAAAGAAAAAUCUUUCAAGUGAUGAUCGUAUGAUCCGAUUGAAAGAAGGGUAUAUCAAAGAAGGUAGCACAGUUAGUGUAAUGGGAAUUGUACAAAGAAAUGACAAUGUGCUUAUGAUCAUCCCUCCACCAGAGCCGAUAGCGACUGGAUUUCAAUGGAGCAAGUGUAUCUUUCCAACAAGCCUUGAAGGUAUCAUAUUGAGAUUUGAAGAUACAUCAAAUAAUGAUGUCAUCCCUGUCUAGUAAGUAGUGUAUAUGCAUCUCAAACUUCUUUAUAUGUUUACUGUGCUGGAAAAAUUAGUUCCCUCCACAAAUUUGAUGGUGGUGUGUGGUUUUGUAGUGAUAAGUGACCAUUAGUGUUAUGGCUUAAGGUGUUGGGUUUGUCAUUUUUUUUCAAUCUUCCUUUUUUCUUUUCAUAAACUUUUUGUAUAGUUUUGGCGAUUUCAUUUCCAUUAUUUAGUUCCUCAAAGCUUUUUUAAUGGGGCCGGCUUGAUUUAGUGGGGAAUAUUUGCUUGUUUGAGUAGAUUGGGGAAAUGUUACAAGUUACUAGAUGUGUUUUACACUUCCACUUGCAACUGAAAGUGUAAAACCCCUGUUAAAUGCUCAAAAUUCUGUCAACGUAGCUUUUUCUUUCUGUGUUAUAUUUGGUUCAGUCUGUACACCAUUUAUUUGAUUUCUAUGUGUAUUUACAGAGGCAUUAUUUUGAUUCUGUUUUCCA